AUGGGGAUAAAUUUCAAGGUCAAGCUAUACAGCGACAGGGCGGGAAGCAGCGGAGGCGGAGACGGAGACGGCGGCGCCGGACCCACAUCGCCGCCUGCGCCAGGCCCCGCGCCGUCGCCCUCCCUCGACCCCGCGCUGGUUUCCACCUCGCCGCUCCCGCUUCAGCCGGCACGGAGGCCGCCGCUGACCCCCAUCGUCAAGUACACGGAUGAAGGACCGGAUAUUGAUGAUGACUGGCCCGAGGACGAGGACAAGGACGAGGACGAGGACGAGGAUGAUGAUGAUGAGGACGAGGAUCAAGGACUGGAUGAUGAUGGUUAUGAUGAUUGGCCUGAAGACGAAGAUGAUGAGGGUUGGGAGGUGAUGCAAGAGGAUCAGGAUGAAUUACCAGAUGAGGAGAAAUUCUACAUUUCAUUGUUUAUGAGCACUCAAAAGAAGAAUCUCCCGCAUGAUCUUGUUCGGCAUGACUCGGUGCCGCUCAACAAAAAUGAAUAUUUUUCUCUGUGGGAAAACUGGAAUCAGCUGCUGGAUGGCAAGAGAACAUACCUCCGACCACCGAAGGACUGCCGUAUUCUCAGUGUCAGUGGUGUUUUCAGGUGUCCGGAUGCUCGUCCAAGGGCAUUAGGAUGCCAGGAACCACUCUUGGAUUUGGUUCAGGAUUAUUCAGAUAAUGACAUUUUCCAGGAAAUUAUCAAGGUUCUUUGUCAGCGCUAUUUGCACUUCAGACGAACUCGCGGAGAUGGCAACUAUUUCUAUAGAGCUUUCUUUUUCUCCUACUUGGAAAAUCUUGGACAAAUGCAAGAUAGUCAAGCUGAAGUUACUCGUCUAAUGGAACAUGUGGCAGUGUCCAGAGAGAAUUUCUGUCGUCUGAAAUGGGACAAAGCAUACUUCUUAAAUCCUGAAGAAUACUUUUCAAGUGUUGUUUCUGAGUUGAAUCGUUUGGUCAAUUCUGUUGCAAAUGGUCUGAGUUCUGACGAGUUGUACAAGAGAAGUCUACAGGAGAUGAUGCCACUCAGGAUCAUUUCUUUGCUAAGAUUGCUGGCAGAGACCGAGAUCCGUACUCGAGAAGCUGAUUACAAAUCAUUUAUCCCUGAAAAGAUGAAUGUCCAUCAGUAUUGCUACAAGGAGGUGCGGCCCCUGGAUGUUAAACCAACGAUGUUGGCAAUGAGGGCUCUAACAUAUGCACUUGGCAUCCCGCUGCGACUCGAAAUUCUAGGCAGAGACUUGAUGGCUGGAGAUUUGCAAGUAAAGCGCCUUGAUUUCUUCCCUCGAUCAGAGACAGGGAAGGGUGCUUUCCAUAUGGCCCAAAGCUACUGGUCCUCAACCUCAACCCCUGAACCACUGGAGCUGGGAAGUGGCAACCUGUUAUCAUCUGAUGGCACACCUUCGCUGACCUUGCUGUGUCGGUCCGAGGACUGCGACAUUCUUUACCGCUAGUGAACUGUGCAAGUAUUCUGCAGCCUAUACUUGACAAAAAACAUUCCUGGAUGAUGGCACAUUAAAUCUAUUCAUAGUCGACUAAUACAGCAUGGCCAUUUAGGUUUUUAGUUUACCGGCAUCUGAUCUCAAUCUACUUGUGCAGUUGUGCUUACUCAUUUGAGAAAAAGCAACGAGCUGUUUUAUCCGCUUUGGAAUGUUUAGUGAAGUAGUCUUUAACUAUGCAUCGAUUAUCAAGGAAUACUGGCAUCAGGAAAUGUGAAUAUAUACUGCAUUUAUUACUGAUAAUGUACUCCUUUGCUUCUGUAUUCAGAGGGAAGCUAUAUAAUUGAUGAGAAUAUGUGAAGAACUAGAUGUUUUCCUACUUCCUUGUAUUCUGGUGAAAUUGUAAU